GGAGGCUCGUCGGCCGGGAGGGCGGAGGAGGCCAAGCCGUCCCAGCCCGAGCUUCAAAACAGUCGGCGCCUCACCCAGCGCACAGCCCGCCACUGCGUCCAGACGCCCGCGCCCGGUUUGGAUCUGUCUCUCCCAUCCUCUUUGGCUCCUCAUCCCUCCCUGGACUGUCCAGUUGCCCUCACUGCCCUGUGAACAUGUUGGCUGUUCUCGCCUUCAUCAUCAUCUUCCACAUCGUCGCUCUGGUGCUGUUGUUCAUUUCAGCCAUCGACAAUGCCUGGUGGGUAGGAGAAGACUUCUCAGCGGACAUCUGGAGAGUGUGCACCAACAUCACAAACUGUACAGAGAUCAGUGACAGUGAGUACUCAGAUUACUCCAUCAUGCAGGCAGUACAGGCCACCAUGAUCCUCUCCACAAUCCUCUGCUGCAUCUCCUUCCUCAUCUUUCUGCUCCAGCUCUUCCGCCUGAAGCAGGGAGAAAGGUUCAUCCUGACUGCCAUCAUUCAGCUGAUGUCAUGUCUGUGUGUCAUGAUCGGGGCUUCCAUUUAUACAGACCGGCGUCAAGACCUUCACCAGCAGAACUACAAAGUCUAUUACCUGGUGCAAGAAGGCAGCUAUGGCUACUCUUUCAUUCUAGCCUGGGUAUCCUUCUCCUUCACCUUCAUCAGCGGCCUCAUGUACAUGAUCCUGAGGAAGCGCAAAUAGGUUUCAGGAGCCCGGCCACUCUCCCACAGUAUGGCAUACACGUUCAUGUAACCAUUUUGUAUAUAAUCAUUUUUUGUGGUUUUUCUAGCAAACGUAUUGUUUCCUUUAAAAGCUUUUAUAAAAAAAAGAGGAGGAGAGAAAGUUUCGGCAUUCUUGGGAUCAGAGACCAGACCACAAAGGCUGGCAUUCAGAAUGCAAGCCCACCAAAAGUCUCAGCAAGGCCCAGCAAGAUCCAGCAAUGUGGAAAUCCACAGGAUGCUUCUCACCCAAGGACCUGGGGUGGGGUGUAGCCAAAGGCGGGAAAAGCCUGUCUUGGGGAGAGGCUCUCUGUAGAUUCCUGCCCUGCCCCCUUCCUCCACUCCACUCUGACAACCAUGGGUGGAAUGAUGAGGGGCCCAAGUGAAGGAUCUCUGUCCUCAGAUAUUAACCCCUAGUUCGUGUAAGAAGAAGCCUGGUUUCUGUCUGUGUGGGACCCAGAGUUAGGUCGUUGUACAAACUUUCUGACAGUCUCCUGUUGGCCUUAAGGAUAGUGACCCUCACUCAACCUAGGUGUCAUGUUUAGGCGUUGAGUCUCCAUAGGUAAUUCCUUAGGACAUCUGUUAUAUGCGGCUCUCAAGUCCACUUCAAAGACCCUCGGAAUCCUUCAUCAAAGGGGUGGGCCUGCGUCUCUGGAUGAGCUCCCUGAAAUAUGCUUAGAUGCACUAAAACUUGGGGUCAGAGUCCAAGACCCAGGGGAGCAGAGCCACCCUGUAAAUGUUAGCAGUCUCAUCACACUGAGAUGCCCCACUGCCAGCCACAGCUUGGCUGCCACCAGCUCUUGCUGCUUGUCCUAUAGCUGCUUUUAUCACCGUGCCCCACUCCCAAGCCAUAAGCCUAUCCCUGGGAGGUGGACUGGGCAGCCUCCUCCCUGCCCUGUCUUGGAAGGUCUCCCCUUUUCUUCCUGCCCUUCUUCCUGAGGUGGGUGCUUCCAUUGGACUUACUUCUGGAGCCUCAGAAGAUCCAUCUUCCAUUGACUCAUCUUCAGUAUGGAUGGGUCUUGCCACAUGGCAGGUGCAAGAGAUACCUUUCCAAACAAUCCUUAUGAGACUCAGUCUAGUGAAGAACACACACCAGAAACCAAUUAGAAAAACUACCAACUGAGAUGGAGUAGCAGGGCUGCCACCAGAGGUUCAAAACCUCCCAGGGUGAGAGGAAACCCACUUUCUGCAUGCCUGCCUUUAAGAGCCUUGAGGUGUCUACACUGCUCCACACAGAUGCCAUUUGUUGGGUAGUGCCCUCUGGGUUUCUCUACACAGUGUAGAGGAGUCUACAUUUCCCACAGUGAGACAGCAGGAAAGGGUUCCCAGAGCCAUUGCUCUCAAGAUGGGUAUCGAAGGAGAACCCAGAUGUACUCCAGUCAGUCCUGAGGAUGUCCUGAUAAAUGUGGCUAUGGAAAGGUUGUUAGUAGCACCCAAGAUUCAAGAACUCUAUGAUGACAACCCUUGGUAAUCUUUUCCAUUUGUGAGCAUCAAGUUGGAGAGGUGACUCUGGGACAGGGUGUGUAAAUUUGUGUUGUUUAAACACAUUUUCAUGCGCGCUUCUGUAAGGGGUCAUUUACCACUAGCUCAGUCCCAGCAAAGCUGGGGAGAGGAGGGAUAUUGAAUCUGAGUAGCUUUAGGGCCACCACAGACACCUCCUCAGUACAAGACCGGCUUCCCUCCCUCCACCUCUCCUGUCCUCCCUUCCUUCCUUCCCUUGGAGAGACUGCCAAGGUGGCCUGGGGCAGAGAUGGCAAAUGACGACCUCUUGCCUUGAUGGAGAACUUCCCACAGCUUACUGUUGGCUAGAUUGUAGGAUUGGCUCAAUGUCUUGUGAGGCUCACAGAGAAGGUCUGUCUAAAGUGUCCUCUGCACCUUCCCCUUGGGGACUUUUCUGUAAUAACAUUCUGCUAGUCAUGAUGGAAACAAGCAGACCAAACCACAGGCUUGAAAGCAUGGCCCAAGCCAGCAUGAAUUCCCACCUCAGAAAACCUAGGGCUCCAGAAGUGAACCAUCCAAUGGGAUGGGAAUGGUCCCAUGGGUUGUCUUGGCUGCUUACACUGUGGCCAACAUUCAGUGCCCACAUCUACCUGUGUCAUGAGAUGCCUCGCUCCUGCUCUGUGCCCUGCAUUUGGGAUGCUAGAAAGAGAUGAGGGUGUGAGAGAAAACAGAUCCACCUUUUGCCUAUGUAGGAUCAGCUCUCAAUUGGUGCUUAUCACUAGUUACCAAAGAGCAAUGACAAAGUCAGCUGGGAUAUCCAAGAAGCAUGUGUUAGGACCAAACCUGUCACUGUAUUUAAAGGAACUUUAGUUUGCACAUCUUACAACAUUUUUAUAAAGUACUGUAAUUCAUGGGGUGGGGCAUGUGACAGAGACAGACUAACCUAUGUUUGGCGUUUGCAUUAAAAUUAUUUUGGGUCUCUGUUUAAAGAAUUCA